ACAUAAAUAAAGGGAGAGGAAGCAAAAGCUAGACAUUGGCAACUAAUUGUUUCACAUUCAGUUUUGUUGUGAUUACAGCAACUACGGCUCCAAAAUGACUUUCAAUUUGGCAAUACAAUAGAAUAUAAAGAAACCAACGAAAGAAACAAGCAACAAAUAUAUCACAAAUAAAUAAAAGACAUGCGAGAAAUGGAUAAAAUAUGCAGAUUGUUGUCGAUGCAAUCGGGCUUAUAAGAAAUUCAAUGAUAAUUAAACUGCGCAAGGUAUGUUUAUACCAGAUACACUGAGAAGCUGUAUGAUCGAGACGGACGUAUCUUCCUAUUUACAAACAUCGUCAACUGGACAGGAUGAAUUUCACCCCUUCAUUGAGGCAUUAUUACCAUACGUCAAAUCAUUCUCGUACUCUUGGUUUAACUUGCAAGCUGCUAAACGAAAGUAUUACAAGAAACACGAGAAGCGUAUGUCAUUGGAGGAAGAAAGGCAUUGCAAAGACGAGCUACAGAAUGAGAAAACAGAAGUGAAACAGAAAUGGGCGUCUCGCCUUUUGGGCAAGCUGAGAAAGGACAUAACGCAGGAGAGCAGGGAGGAUUUUGUGCAAUCGAUAAUCGGUAAACGCAAAUCGAUUUGUGUUCUCUCCAAUCCCGAUCAAAAAGGCAAAAUGCGGCGCAUAGAUUGCCUGAGACAAGCCGAUAAGGUGUGGCGUCUGGAUCUGGUUAUGGUUAUUCUGUUCAAGGCCAUACCAUUGGAGAGUACGGAUGGGGAGCGCCUAGAAAAGAAUCCGGAAUGCCUUCAUCCUGGCCUCUGUGUAAAUCCAUAUCAUAUUAAUGUCUCUGUCAGAGAAUUGGAUUUAUAUUUGGCAAACUUUAUUAAUACGCAUAACUCAUCGACACUGAUAGCUGCAAGAUCGCCACAACUUGCUAUUUUCAGUCAUAAUCGCAACAAUAAUUUGGCAAUUGAAAGAAAAGCGGACACGGAGAGUGAGGCAAAAAAUAAAGGACUCAGACACAAUCCAUACAAUGGCGUUGUUUGCAAUGAUAUUAUUCUAGCGACUGGAGUAUUUUCUUCGCAAGAACUGUGGACAUUAUCCAGAGAUUCAAUACUAGAUGAGGCCAAUGACAACAAUUUGCAUACGAACAUCAUCAAGAGAGAAAAUCUGGGCGCUGCUUACGACUGCAACACAACAUAUCAACUAACGCCAGAUUCACCAAUUCCCAGCUCACAGAUCCAGGCACAGGCUGGCGCCAUUGUCGCCAAUCCAAUUCCAGGUGGUUAUAGCAUUGACUUCGUCGAUCAGAAUCAUAGAAAUGUGCAUUUAUCACAGUCUCCGCUGCUGCGCACUGAUGCAACAAAUGGCUCCAUAGAUGGUUGCAAAAUCGACCACAGCUCAUCGCCGCCAGUUAUUUCGCGUACAACGACAGCCACAGAACACUGUGCCACAGGCAGUUUCUCUGUCAUUCUGCGACCGGCGGACGGCAUCAAUUCCAACGGUGAUGCAACUGUUGCCGAAUCCCCAAUAUCGUUGCAUCGGUAUACACCGUUGAAUAGCAGGCCGCUGGCUGCCACCAUGCCCCAAAUUCGUUCCGCAGAAACCAUAUUGCACCACAACUGUUCUACGCUGCUGGCAAGUUCAGUUAGCCCCGUGAAUACCCUAUAUUAUCCACAGCAUGGCAGUCCACGACUUCAGGAGCACGAACAUGCACAAACACAGACACAAACGCAACAACAACAACAGCAGCACCAACAGCAGCAACAACAUACUGACAGCCAUGAUAUAUCUGAUUUUGUGACUUAUGUUUGUCAGGAUGCUGGCCAUUCGGUGAGUUUGGCAGCUGGUGGGGGCUCUAUAGAGAAUCCAGGGUUUCAGCAUACCCACUCGCAUCAGUUGGCCCCGCACAGCCACUCACCGCACUAUCAAAUUCACCCACAAUUGAGGAGCUCAAAGUUGAAUGCAGCUCCCUCGACCCACUAUCAUAGCACAAUGUUGCCACCAAUGUUGCCGCCGAUGGCACGCCCUGUUGCCAUUAUACGAUCGAGUGGAGAUCUGUCAAUGGUUCAAUCGCCUCCAACAUCGACAGCCAAUCAGUCGUCGAGCCUUUGCUUGCCAAAGGCCACCUUGGUUGACGAUGAGAAUCGCAACGAACCAGUUAACACCAUGGAGAGCACUCAUAGCCCAAUUAACAGCUCCGAAGCGGAUCCAAAUACAAAUACGGAUUGCACCAUACUUGUGGCGAGGACUUCGCCGCAACCAAAUCCCUCAACGAGUCCACAUAUUUCUGCCGAAGUGGGUCGCUGUAAAAUACCACCAAUUGGCUCAAAUGCUCUCACUCGCAUCGCAGCACCAAUGUAUCCCUCAACCAAUAGUCGGGAGUACUUCAAUCACUUUCACACUCAAUCCUCAUCGUUACUGGGCUAUGCUGGAUCUAUAUCGACAAUGUCAGGUGUCAUAAGUCCGACAAAUCUAAGCCUGUACUCAACACCAACAAUGGCUGUGACUUCAGCGCAUCGUUCGAGUAGUGGCAGGUCCCGUUGGAACACUACACUUACAGAAGACGAGUUCAACUUAAUUCCGCACUCUGUAACUAGUACAAAUAUAGAAAAUACACAAGUUAUAUUAAUGGAAGAUUCAACGGGCCGUUUUACUGAUGAAUACUCUACUAAUCCGAAUCGGGACUACGUAUCGUGAUUUAUUAUUAGAAAAUCUGGGCUUUAGGCAAGCGAUUACUGAUAUAGAUAUAAAUACAAAUAUUUACACAUAUUGUACGUUGCUAAGUUGAUAACUUAAGGAAUUGUACAUAGUAAUAUUUAAAGUAAUUAAUAUAUAAAAAAAAUGAAGGCAUACUACAUUAGCUACUUAUGGAAUAUAAAGAUAUGGCAGAUACAUGAUA